AGAUAAACAUAUUUUUAUUCAGCCAACAUCUUGUUGUAAGUCUUGUUGACAAUUUAAUCUUAUAUUAAGAUAAAAUUAUUGAUUUGGUAGGUGAUGCAUUAUGUGUGUAAGCAGUAUAUAUAGAUACCAUUUGCAAUGGAGAAGCAUAUUCAGUCUCCAAAAUGAAAGUAUUCCUGGUCUUCGUCGGUUUGGCCUUGGCUGCCUCAGCCGAGUAUUCUCCUAUUAUGCAAGAUUAUCACGAGGAGUUCGGCAUUGAAGCAGCCGCUCGCAUCAAGGCUGCUGAGGAUGCCAUGGACUUCGACGGAGCCAGGGUAGCUGGUGGAUCAGCCGCAGGACUCGGAUCCAACCCUCAUGUGGGCGGUCUGGUGAUCACUUUGACUACCAACCAGCAGUCAGUGUGCGGGUCUUCCCUCGUCACAAACACCAGGCUGGUGACUGCGGCCCACUGCUGGAGGCAUGGCAACUCUCAGGCUCGCCAGUUCACUGUCGUACUGGGUUCCGUACGCCUCUUCUCUGGUGGGAAUCGCCAGAACACCAACAGGGUUGCUAUGCACGCCAGCUACAAUGAACGCACACUCGCAAACGAUAUCGCUAUUAUCACUAUUAACCACGUAGGAUAUACCAACAACAUCAACCGUAUCUUGAUCCCAACGGGAACCAACCAGUACGUGGGAACCUGGGCUACAGUCGCUGGGUUCGGAAGAACUGGAGAUGGUACACAACACGGCAUCACGAACAACCAAGCCCUGAGUCAACUGAGCCUGCAAGUCAUAACCAACGCGGUGUGCGCGCAGACCUUCGGCAACAGCAUCAUCGCGUCCACCCUCUGCGUCGCCACCCACGGCGGCCGCAGCCCCUGCCCCGGCGACUCCGGCGGCCCUCUCGCUAUUGGCUCUGGAAACAACCGUCAAUUGAUUGGAGUCGUAUCGUUCGGUCACUCCAGUGGAUGUACACGCGGGUUCCCCGCUGCCUUCGCCAGAGUCACAUCUUUCGCCGCCUGGAUCCGUCAACGCAUAUAAAUAGUUAAUAAUAAUCAAA